ACGGUGGAAAUUUUUAAGGUAGAACACAGUGAAAGAGAAUGGGUUUGAGAGAACAGGAUAUAAAGACAGCCGCACAGCAAUUCCUCCCCAGUUCAUUCCUGAGGCAAACCUCCUCUCUGGAACAACAUGAAGCUCAAGUCUGUCACAGAAAGCUUUGCCAAAGUGAUCCACGGCUUGAAAGUGGGACACCUGACUGAUCACGUCAUUCAGAGGAGCAAGAGGAUGAUUCUGGACACCCUGGGUGUUGGCUUCCUGGGAACCAGUACAGAAGUGUUUCACAAAGCCGGUGAAUACAGUAAAAUCUAUAGUUCCAGUGUAUCCAGCACUGUUUGGGGCCGGCCAGACUUCAGGCUUCCACCAACAUAUGCUGCUUUUGUUAACGGUGUGGCUAUUCACUCAAUGGAUUUUGAUGACACAUGGUACCCUGCCACCCACCCUUCUGGAGCUGUCCUUCCUGUCCUCAUGGCUUUAUCAGAAGCCCUGCCUCCAAGUCCAAAGUGUUCUGGCCUUGACCUGCUGCUGGCUUUCAAUGUUGGUAUUGAAGUGCAAGGCCGACUCAUGCAUUUCUCCAAGGAAGCUAAUGACAUACCAAAGAGAUUUCAUCCCCCAUCAGUGGUAGGAACUUUGGGAAGUGCUGCUGCCGCAUCAAAGUUUUUGGGGCUCAGCAUGAGAAAUUGUCAAGAUGCUCUGGCUAUUGCUGUUUCUCAUGCUGGGGCACCCAUGGCAAAUGCAGCCACCCAGACCAAGCCUCUUCAUAUUGGCAACGCUGCCAGGCAUGGGAUAGAAGCUGUUUUUCUGGCAAUGCUGGGUCUCCAAGGAAAUAAGCAAGUCUUGGACAUGAAGGCAGGGUUUGGGGCCUUCUAUGCCAACUAUUCCCCAAAAGUUCUUCCAGACCCGGAUUCACACACUUGGCUGCUAGACCAGCAGGAUGUGGCUUUCAAGAUUUUCCCUGCACACUUGGCCACCCACUGGGUGGCAGAAGCAGCGGCAUCUGUGAGAAAGCACCUUGUGAGAGACAGCACCCUGCUCCCCAUUGAUCACAUUGAGAGAAUUGUGCUUAGAAUUCCAAAUGUCCAAUAUGUGAACAGGCCCUUCCCAGACUCAGAGCAUGAAGCCCGCCACUCUUUCCAGUAUGUGGCCUGUGCCACCCUGCUCGAUGGUGCCAUCGCUGUCCCAUCAUUCCACAAAUGCCAGAUUGACAGGCCACAAGUGAGAGAGCUGCUUGGUAAGGUGGAGCUAGAGCACCCUCAGGACAACCUACCAAACUUCGACACAAUGUACUGUGAGAUAAGCGUUGCCCUCAAGGAUGGAGCCAUCUUCACAGAACGCUCUGAUACAUUCUACGGUCAUUGGAGGAAGCCUCUGAGCCAGAGGGACCUACAGGAAAAGUUCAGAGCCAAUGCCACCAAGGCAUUGUCCUGUCACACAGUAGAAAAGCUUAUCAAGAUAGUGGACAACCUAGAAGAACUGGAAGACUGUUCUGUGUUAACUGCGCUUCUGAAAGAACACUCUCUACCAGAGAUGGUUUCAAAAUCUAUCUAGCACUUAAUAAUUCCAUUAUACAAUCACUCCCAAGGCUUAAAUACAAUCACUAUGUCUUAUCUGACGGACACAUAGAGAACUCUGCACUCAACAACCAGAGAAGUCACAAUCUUUUAAAAAUCUCACAGAACAUUUGCAAAAAUGAAUCAUAGACGUAAAAUCUCAACUUUUCAGAGUUCCCAUCAUGGCGCAGCAGAAAUGAAUCCAACUAGGAACCAUGAGGUUGCAGGUUCGAUCUCUGGUCUUCCUCAGUGGGUUAAGGAUCCAUCAUUGCCGUGAGCUGUGGUGUAGGUCACAGACAUGGCUUGGAUCCUGUGUUGCUGUGGCUGUGGCGUAGGCUGGCAACGGUAGCUCCAAUUAGACCCUUAGACUGGGAACCUCCAUAUGCUGCGGGUGCAGCUCCAAAGAAAGCAAAAAAGAAAAAAAAAAUCCCAAAUUUUCAAAGCAAUGGAUCAUACAGAUCAUUUUCUCUAAUCACAGGGCAAUCAAGGUAAAAAUCAAUAUAAAAAGAUAAUUAGGAAAGCCUGAAGUGUUUAAAAAUAAACAUUCCUAUAAAUAACUCUUGGGUCACAGAAUAAAUUGUAGUGAAAAUUAUAAAACAUUUCUAACUAACCAGUAACAAAAUACCACAUAUCAAAAUUAGUAGAAUGCUGCAAAAGCAGUACUUAGAAUUUUCUAUUGCUGCCUCUUUAUUACCUGGAAUGUGCAGCAGGACACAUCAUGUUACUGCUGAUGGAUUUGAAAGGGAAGUGAGAGAAGAGAUGGUUUCUAUUGUGACCUUGAGAUUAAAUUUAAUUAUCCUGUCUUGCUACAUUUCAAAAGUUUCUAGGGGCAAGAUAUAAGGGCCAUUAAUAAUAAGUUCACAUAACUCCUAUUGAAAACAAGACAACAGACCCAAAAUGGAGUUGUUUAUGCUAAGCCCAUAUCCACCAAAUUGAGACUUAACUGAAUUACUACUUUAGCUCUCCCAGGAGUGGAAUUUUAAACCAGACAAUCAGAACUCUGAUUAGCACUAUUAAGUUAAUCAGCCUGGUAGACCCCAGCCAUCCGCUAAAGGAAAGAAACCUUGCAAUGAUCAGUCCACUCUUUUUCCUAGUAUAACUUCCUUGUUCCCACACCCUUCUGUCUAUGAAAUUCAUUUCGUACU